GGGGUUGCCCCCCAAGUUUAUGGGCUCGACAGUGCCAUGCGGACAUGAGGGCUACGUGUGUUUGGGCUGUGUACCCAGCGGCCUAUCGGGUGGGGCGGGCACCGCACCAUGCCCCAGAGUGCACGCAGCUCUCAGCGAAGAACACCCGUGGAACGCCUCGUCCGUGCUUGCCGCCAGGCUCGACGCCAUGGCGACCAGGGGAACAUCCCGUCGCUCGCUCAGGCCGGCUUGGCUCACGGUGUUCCUGCCCUCCGUCAUGAUGGCCCUGACGCUGACGCUCCUGGCGCUCCAGGCGACCGGCGCCCCGGCGUCGGCCAAGAAGGAGAAGGACUCGUUGCUGGACGACGUGCUGGAAGCUAGAAAGUUCGACCUCGUCGGGAAGGUGAAGGACUUUCUCGGGUUCGGUUCCAGCAGUAAGGCCAGCAGCCCCCAGCCAAAGCGGCCAGCUUCGCCCAAACCGGAAAGCGAUGGCUGGAUCAGGGUCGAGCCGCCGCCGCUCUGACAUACGCCCCACCGACCCUCGAUGUGACCAUCCCCCCCGGCUCAUGAUCACAUUAAAGCGUUGUACGUACCGGA